UUUUCAAAUAGCACCCUUUAAAUGAGAUUUGUCAUUUACAUACAUAAAGUAGUAUCAGCUAAGCCAUGAGCCAACAUGGCAGGCACUAAAAUGACCUGAUCUGUGCAUGACUGUGCCCUGUCUUAUCUAAUACAAUAUCAUUUUUUAGAAACCCUCCAAGAGCACAUGAUCUUCUUGUAUAGAGAUAAGACAUCAAGCAGCAGCCUUUUUUCUCAGUCAUGGACGGCAGAGAGAAGAGAGCGCUUCACUUCUUGAUCUUCGCUGCUUAUCUCGUGGUCUCAUCUUCACCUUCUGCAGGUCUGAUCAGAUUAGCUGUAAAUGGAUCCACUCAGUGCUCUGGAAGAGUUGAAAUCUAUAACUCUUACUCUUACCCUUACUAUUCCUGGGGAACAGUGUGUGAUGAUGGCUGGGACUUAAAAGAUGCUGAGGUGGUCUGUAGAGAGCAGAGCUAUGGGAUAGCUCUGGAGGCUCUUGGGUCUGCUUACUUUGGUCAAGGUACAGGAACUUUCUUGCACAGUAAUGUGGACUGUUCAGGAAGUGAAACUUCUCUAGACAAUUGUAGGUACAGCAGCUAUAUUAGUUAUUACUGUCACCAUGGUCGGGAUGCUGGCGUCGUCUGUUCAGUAAGCAACCCAGAGCCCACCAUCUCCUUGUACAGUAAUGAGGUCACCUGGGGUCAGGACGUCAGCAUCACUUGCUCAGUCUCAGAAAAGUUCUCAGGUGGAACUUUUAUCCUCCAGAAGACUUCAGGCUCAUUCAGUCAGAGUCAAACAUCCUCUACGAGCUCUGUUACAUUCAAUCUUCACAAUGUGAACUUCGAUCAUGAUGGACUGUACCAGUGUCAGUACAUGAAAACAAGUCAAAGGUUCAGCUCUUCCUCUGUCAGACUCUCUGUUACUGAACGUAAUCAGUGCCGGGGGAGGUUAUGGUCAACGCGAAACCCAAACAAACAAAAAACGCUUCAAGCGGAAGCCAGAAAGAAUCCUGACCGUCUGACGACGAAAGAAAAGUGGAUGUCACUGAGCAACAACAACAAGACGGGAAACAUCUUUUUCUCCCCGUUCAGCAUCUCUUCAGCCCUGGCUAUGGUGAUGCUGGGGGCCAGAGGCAACACAGCCACACAGAUGUCAGAGUGCUUGCAAGCCAAGGAUUGUUGGGGUGAUGUUCACAGCAGCUUUGCCAAACUUCUCACUGAACUCAAAAGGCCAGAGGCGCCAUUUACCUUCAGUGUUGCUAACAGACUGUACAGAGAGAAGUCCUGCCCCUUUACUCAGAAAUUCUUAAUACAAAGCAAGAAACAUUACAGCACAGAGCUGGAGUCUGUGGACUUCAAGACCAGGUCUGAAGAGGUCAGGAUUGAUGUCAACAACUGGGUGCAGAAAAACACACCAGCAGGUAACAUCACAGAGGUGGUGGAUGAAGAUGAUUUGAAUGAACUGACCAGGCUGGUGUUGUUCACUGCCACCCACUUCAGAGGCAGCUGGAAGAAAGAUUUCUCGUGGUCUAAAACUUAUGAUGCUCAAUUUUGGCUCAAGAAGAAUGACUCAAAGCCUGUGAAGAUGAUGAAACAGGAAGGAAACUUUGCGUGUACCUUCAUCGAAGAAGCAAACUGCAAGAUUCUAGAGAUGCCUUACAGUGGGGAGGAAGUGAGCAUGCUCAUCUUUUUACCUGCAGAGAUCGAGGAUGAUACAACAGGACUGGAGAAGCUGGAGAAGGAGCUGACCUCCGAGAAAUUUGUAGCUUGGACUCAUCCAGGCAAGAUGCAAACAUGUUACAUUGAUGUGAGGCUGCCUCGUUUUACACUGGAGGAGACGUAUGACCUGAACACAGUCCUGAGCAGCAUGAGCAUGGUGGACGCCUUUGAUCACACAAAGUGUGACUUCUCUGGCAUGUCUGGGCACAAAGAUCUGGUACUUUCAAAAGUCAUCCACAAGGCUUUUGUGAAGGUCCACGAGAAGGCAACUGAGGCUACUUUUGUGGAUAUGUGUUGGUUUGAGUACUGUUCAGGCAAGAUAAUGCGGGGCAAUUUAAACUCUUUCAUCGCAGACCACCCCUUCCUCUUCUUCAUCAGACAUAACCCCACUAUGAACAUCCUGUUUGCUGGUCGGUUCUGCUGCCCUGUGUGAGCUCUGUGUCCUUUAGAGCAGCUCAGUACCAGAAGUCUUUAGUGUUUAGUUGGAGAACCUUUCAAAAUCACUGCACAACAGCGCUGUA